AUGUCCGACGACUUCAUACCUUUGAAUCAAAGUACGCCUGUCCACGAAAGGUGGGCUGGAAGAAUUCAAAAUCAAAACAGUUUUCAAAAUAAUCGUCAUCAAAACUAUCAAAGAAGACGUGGUCACAAUUAUAACAACAGAUGGGGUAACAACUCAUCGCGGAGUAGUUUUGGGAGUGAUAGCAAUAGCAGUUAUGGAAGAGAUAGCAAAAGUAAUAUUGAUGCUUACCUUCAUCCUUCCAUGCUACAGGAUCCUUGGGCACAGCUACGUCAAAGAAAAGAAGUCUCAAAUACUUGA